AUGCUUGAUGAAUAUGAGGAGUUGGCAACAGAGAUCCUUUUUUACCUGGAGAUAGUUAUAGUAAUCUGGUUCGGAGCAGAGUUCUUUAUCCGUCUUUGGUCUGCAGGUUGUAGAUCCAGGUUUCAAGGUUGGAUGGGAAGAAUGUAUUUCAUGAAAAGUCCUUUCUGUCUGAUAGAUGUAGUUACCAUUAGUGCCUCCCUUGUUGUUCUCUCUGGACUAGGAGAACGAGUAGUUGCUGCAUCAGCACUGCGUGGUCUGCGUUUUUUCCAAAUCCUUCGUAUGGUCAGAAUGGAUAGACGCGGGGGUACAUGGAAACUUCUAGGAACAGUUAUAUAUGCUCACAGACAAGAACUCAUCACAACACUUUACAUUGGUUUCCUUGUACUAGUUUUCUCCUCUUUUGUAAUAUAUAUGGUGGAGAAAGAGGAGAAUGAAAAAUUUAAAAGUUUUGCCCACGCACUAUGGUGGGGAGUGAUAACAUUAUGUACGGUUGGUUACGGUGAUGCGGUGCCAGUGACUUGGAAAGGAAAGAUAAUGGCUUCUUUUUGUGCACUAUGUGGCAUAUCAUUUUUUGCCCUUCCAGCCGGAAUUUUAGGCUCAGGAUUUGCUCUAAAAGUUCAGCAACAACAACGACAAAAGCACAUGAUCCGGCGUCGUAUUCCAGCCGCAACUCUUAUUCAAUGCUUGUGGCGAUGUUAUGCCGCGGAUGAGAACUGCACAAGUGAGGUCACGUGGAAGAUGCAUCUCGUGCCGCGGCAUAGAUCCCAACCUGUACUCAAAACACAGUCGUCUUUUGUUCAGCGUUUACCCACCCUUAGAAGAAACAGGAACCGAUCUACUGUGCAAAAACAGGAGAGGGGGUUUUCUACAGAAAAUUUUGAGACUCAAAGCAACAUCUGCGAUGAAACUGAUCAGACUAGAAAGUCCGGAGAUAAGCCUGGUUUAUCAAGAACAACCUCAAAACAUUCACGCUCCCUUUCUCCAAAUCCUUCCAGGAACCCGUCGCGGAACAUUUCUCGAAACCCUUCCCGAAACCAAAGUCCUCGGGGCUCCAAAGGUGCGUCACGAGCUUCCUCUCCGUUCCCGUGGAACAACGCUCUAAACUUCAAUGCAACUCUGCCCGCAGCUCCUCCUAACCAUCUUGAUAGUAAUGAUCCAGCUCUGCCCUUAAUGCUCUGCUCUCUUCUCCAAAGGGAAUUUUGCAUGAAAUCUCCGAGAAGACAAAGGAAGAAUACGAGCAGUAAGCUCAAAUAUAUGGCAGCAAGAAGAAAAUUCAAGGAAGCCCUGCGGCCUUAUGAUGUUAAAGACGUGAUAGAAUCCUACUCGGCUGGUCAUGCUGAUCUUGUGACAAAGGUCAAAAACCUGUCCGGCAGGCUGGAUCAGAUUCUUGGAAAACAGGGAACGAAGAGUAAGGAUGUAUAUGACUCCAAGUCCAGUCUGGCGAGCAGGAUUGUUAAUACCGAGAGACAGGUUGACACAAUAGAGGAGAAGCUUCAACUCUUUAUUGAUAUGUAUGAAGAAGAUAGAAAACGUCUCAAUGCAUUCACCUACGCAGUGCCCCAGCCCCCACCCUGCACACCAUGUCCGGACACGCCCAUUUCUCAGAUAGUAUCUCCUCCUGCAGGAUACUACAUGCACUCUGCUCAUCAAACCUUCUAUAAUUCAGUCAGUCAGGGACUUCAGUCUAUUGGAAGCAAUAAUAAACCUAGAUCCGUUGUGAUGGAUACCCAGUAUAGUGAACCUGGUUCCCCUACCAAUGAGACACUGCAAGAGAAAUCUUUAAAUAUUCAACCUAAAAAACCGUUUAAAAAGAGAGUCACUCUUGGAUAUAUUCCUUCAAAGUUUACACGAAUGUCCGAGGAUGAAUACCGUCAAGUGAAUACAAGACAGGAUGAAUCAGUAUCCCUGUGUAAUAUAGUUCCACCCAGUGUCCGGAUAGAAGGAUGUACUCCACCUUCAGAGGAUAAUAGUCUAGAUGGAGAGAUUUGCAAGUACCUUAGAGAUGAAUUUGAUGAGAGUGAUCUCAACCUAUACCUAGAGAACACCAGUUCAGAAUCCACCACUGUUACCAACCUCACGGAGCAGCAACCCGCCAUCUUUGCCGGGCCGGAGAUUGUCAUAACCGGUUCUCCGACCAGAGAGCACAGACGACUUACAGCAACCUACUCCGCGCCGUCAACUUUUCAGAAAUCCGAAUCUCCGAACAACAAGACAGAUUUCUCAUCUCCUUCUGAAACCCUGAUAUAAAGAAGAAGAAGAAGAAGGAGAAGAAGAAGAAGAAGAAGAAGAUCAUAGGGUCCCACAUGGACGCAUUUGGUGGCAUCAAAAUCAAAAGCUUGAGCGCAUUAUGUACAUAUCAAUCCAUAGUUUACGUAAAAUAUUCGUUAAUUUGAAAACUUUGAAAGUUUUGGCCAAAUUCUCAAAAUUUCUAAUCCCAAUAUCUUUGCAUUGUGAUGGUAAA